AUGGUAAACAUCAUAAACGAACUCGAACAGAGAAAUAAAAACCUAUUAGAAGAAAACGAAGUAUUAAAGAAGCAACUAGUUGAUAAAGAAGAAAGCUUCAAACUAAAAAUUUAUAAUGCUAUUCACAAUGUUAUGGAAAAUGAAAGCCCAGAAAUUGCUG